UGUCCUGUACCGAACUCAAGACCCAAAUAACCGAAUGCUCGAAAACCCUUAUUAGCAUCUUAUCGAGGCUCGUUCCUUUUAGCCCACAAUCGCUCUCUCGCGUUCAAAUCUAGAGCAAAAUCUCGCCGUUUCUCUUUCACUCUUCAUCGCCAUGUCUCAGGUUGACAACAGAAAUUCUUCGGCAUCCAAGCGGGCUAGAACUGAUGGUAGUCGUAGAGAAGAUGAUUGGACCUGCCCUAGCUGUGGUAAUGUCAAUUUUUCAUUCAGGACAACUUGCAAUAUGCGUAAUUGCACUCAACCAAGGCCUGCUGAUCAUAACUCAAAAUCUGCUGCAAAGCCUGUGCAAGCCCCACAGGGUUACUCAUCCUCAGCUCCUUAUGUAGGUUCUGCUGCACCCUCUUCAAUGUAUCUGGGUGUGCCGCCCUAUGGUUCUUCUCUGUUCAAUGGAUCAUCUAUUCAUCCCUAUGAUGUACCAUAUUCUGGGGGUUCAGCGUACCACUACAACUAUGGCAGCCGCCUUUCUGCUGGCAGCCCUUACAGACCUCUACCUUUGUCUGGACCAACACCUUACUCAAGCGGAUCUAUGAUGGGAAAUGGUGGGAUUUAUGGUAUCCCCCCUUUGAUGGAUCGUUAUGGCCUGGGCAUGCCCAUGGGCCCUGGUGCUAUGGGGCCAAGGCCUGGAUUUUUUCCAGAGGAUAAAUCUCAAAAAAAAGGUGCAGAUGCAACACGUGAUAAUGACUGGACAUGUCCAAAAUGUGGAAAUAUCAACUUUUCAUUUAGAACGGUUUGUAACAUGAGAAAGUGCAACACACCAAAGCCCGGAUCCCAGGCUGCAAAAUCUGAAAAGAAUUCUAAACAAAAGAUGCCUGAGGGAAGCUGGAAGUGUGAGAAAUGUAAUAACAUAAACUAUCCCUUCAGAACCAAGUGCAACAGACAGAACUGUGGGGCUGACAAACCGGCUGAGUCAAACAAGUCCCCUUCACCAACGCCAGAUGAAGAUAACCAGUCAACGGAAAUGAACAAGCCGGCAACGCAAGCAUGGACCACCUUUAUGUAUAACCCAUACUCGUAUUCUGCGAUGGUGUAUACCCGGAAUCCCGAGGCCUUGACAGUGUCGGAAAACUGGAAAAGCAUCCUGCCCUUUCUUACCAAAAGCAUUCAUGGAUGCCAUCAGGGGACCCGGAGAUGUUACGACCGUCGACGUGCAUGCUGCCAAAGAUCUUCUUGGCUCGGGUCACCGUUAUGUAGAUGUGAGGUCGGCAGAGGAGUUCAACAAGAGCCACAUCAAUAAUGCAUCAAAUGUUCCUUACAUGUUCAUCACCCAAGAAGGCAGAGUGAAAAAUCCUGACUUUCUCACACAAGUAGGUGCCAUUUGCAAGGAGGAAGAUCACUUUGUCGUGGGUUGCAAUAGCGGAGGCAGAUCACUUCGUGCUUGUGUUGAUCUUCUUAAUGCA